UAAAUUUUAACUAGUAGGCUGCGAUGAUGCUCGUGGCGUUUGCUGUGUUAAUAUUCACUGCUGGCGCAUGGAAUGGUGGAGGCUCCCAUCCCAAGUAUGGAGGUAAAAUCUUGGGAGCAGCAGAAACAUCCGACGGAUGCAGAGCGCGAUGUGUGUGGCGUGUGCAGGUGGGUAUGACACACAUGGGAACGCACAUAUCCACCACGGUAAGCCAUGUUGCAACGCAGCGCAGCAAGUGUGAAUGGAUGCAUGAAUGGACGGAUGUGAUCUUGUGGGAAGGUUGUGACGGUGCCUUCGUCCAGACGGAAGGCGGAAAGGACACUCAGCGAGGUACCACGUGCAGCCGCCAACAGAGAGGCCCCAUGCUCGAAGGACCUCUGUCGUGUGUUCCGGCAGCGCAUAUUGCAUCCAUAGCUAAUGAGAUCUCUCUUCUCCAGCACUCCCUCAAGCAGACAAGCAGCAUCAUAAGUGCCACACAGGCGUCCAUCGACGCUGCCACCACCGUGACAUCCCUGGCGCUCUCCGCAGUCGACAAAGCACUUGAUCACCACCACAAGGCACUGGCAGCUCUAGAGCAGCCAUGUAAGCCAAGCCAACAGCCAGCCAGGAAGCGGGAUGGCCUCCACGUGUCCCCCUUUCCUUGUUUGUUCCGACAGACAGGAAGACCAAGCGUCGUGGUCCCAUCACGAUAUCGGCACCGCAGAAGCCAUCAUCCGCCGUGGACGAUUACCUGGCCAAUCUGGAUCCGCGGACUGUUGCGGGGUGGGCAGGGGCCUUUUUAAAGCCUCAACGGACGACGAUGGAUGACCUGCUCGAUUUGCUAGCAGAGAGAGAUAGGGUGAAGCAGCAGCCGCAGCAGCAGCCGCAGGUGGCGCCGGAGCGUGAGGGGGAUGAUGAGGAGUGGGAUGAGGAUAUGGAGGAGUUCGACAUUCACUUCUAAAGGGAAGGGGAAAGGUAUGGAUGUAUUUCGCGGUAGUGGGUUGGAGGGAGGGAGAAACAAGGUCUAUUUCUACUCUACAUUUCAUGUAGACGGUCGUUUGGC